UUGGCCGACGAUUUUUUUUCGUUCGGCGAUUGUGAGUUAGCCUAACAUCUCCUAAAAUUUUCUCAAGAAAAAUCACAAUUUCCAGACGAUUUUCCAUCGCUCGACGAUGAUUCAACAUUUGCUCAUAGAUCUGAAUCGGUGAAAAUUCGAGACAGCGGAUCUUCGCUGUCUUCUGUGCAGGAGAAAACGGAUGAUGGGAAGGGCGAUGUGAUUUCGAAGUCGGAUGUGAAGGGAACGAAGCGGGAUGUGAAAGUGGAUUCGGAGGCUGAGACUUAUCAGCAGAAAUUGGAGAAUGGAACAUUGGUGAGAGAAAUGGGAUUACUGUAGGCGCUAAAAUCUACAGUAAUCAUUUUUACAGUAAAUUUUGAAAAAUCCUAAUUCUUGUUUUUUGGCGCCAAUAUCUACAGUAACCCUGAGCUUAUUUAGUGCCAAAAUCUCAAUUUUGAGGCUCAAAAAUGCGAGAUUACUGUAGGCUUCAAAAUCUACAGUAACCCUGAACUAUUUCGGUUCAAAAUCUCAAUUUUGUGGCUCGGAAAUGCGAGAUUACUGUAGGCUUCAAAAUCUACAGUAACCCUAGUGUCAAAAAUCUGAAGUUUGUUUAAUGAAAAAUCCAAAACUACAGUAAUUUCUUGGCGCUAAAAUCUACAGUAACCCUAAGCUUGUUUGGUGUCAAAAAUGCACAAUUUUAGCUGUUUGCAAAUCCAAAAUUACUGUAGUUUUUCGGAAAAAAAUCUACAGUAACCCUAAGCUCCAAAUUUGCUGUAUAGUUUUCUACCGUCAAAACCUACAGUAACCUUGAACUGUUUCGGUUCAAAAAAUUUUAGCUGUUUAGAAAUCCAAAAUUACUGUAGUUUUUUGGAAAAAACCUACAGUAACCCUAAGCUCCAAAUGUUCUGUAUAGUUUUCUACCGUCAAAAUCUACAGUAACCCUAAGCUUGUUUGGUGUGAAAAACACAGCUUUUCUCGAAAUCCAAAAUCUACAGUAACCCUAGGAAUCUGCAAUUCUAACGUAAGACUACUGUAAUUUUUCGGCACCAAAAUCUACAGUAACCCUGGGCAAAAAUUCGAAAGACAUAAACUUUCUGCAAUUCUAAGAUUUUUAACUCUACAGUAAUCCUAACCUUCUACAGUAACCCUAGGCUUAAUUAGUGUUGAAACAUCCCAAAAUUUACUGAACGUUUUUGAAGCCAGAAUCUACAGUACCCUAAGCCCCAAAUUCACUGUAACAGGGCCAAAACCUACAGUAACCCCAAUCAAUUUCAGAUUGCUCAACACGCCAGCCUCAACACAUCCAACGACGAUUCUCAAAACUACGGCUCCCAAAGUCACAAUCACACCUCCCUGGGUGGAAACACCGAAAUCAGCGCAAAUGACUAUAACAUCACAAACUCCAAAGCCUUAAACGAAUCUCAAUUCAUCGACAUUGUUCAAAAUUCCGAUGGAACUUAUUCAAAUAAAAGUAGUGGGCAGAGAAAUUCGGAUGAUAAUACAUAUAUCGGUCGGAAUAAUCUGACAGCUGUUGGGAUUCGUGGAACUGAUGGAUCGGAGAUUUUCAAUGAGCAUGUGGGUUGAGCUUCAGAAGUCUGGUCAUAGAACUUCAAGAAUUUUCAGAAAACUUCGGAUGAUCAAGUGAUAAAUGCUGCCCGCGCGACAAAUUACAGCAACUCUGCUGUGAAAACUUCCGAUGGUUCAAUUGUCAAUCAAAGACAUCUCGAUGAUUUGCAAUCAGUUCAAAAUAAAACUCGACGACAGGAAUCGGAACUUGCGAUGGUGAAAUUGGCGAAUGGAACGAGUAGCACAAAUUCAUCGAAUGCUGAUCAGCAGACUUUGGAAAGAGUUGCAAAGCGAGUUGGAAAUCAUACAUUUUUGAAGACGAAAGAAUCGGAUCCGACGUUUGUUGAGAGAAAUGAUACGGUUGAUUUGGCUGCUAGUAAUGAUAUUCGACUUAAAGUUGUUAAUGUGAGUUUGAGCUAUGAAAAUCAAUCGGGGAUUUAGGGUAACUCUAAAAUUCAGAUGCUCAAUUUCAGCCAUAAAAUUGAGCUAUCUAGAAAAAUCCGGAAUUUAGAAUGGCUCUGAAAUUCAGAUGCUCAGUUUCAGCCAUAAAAAUCAGUGAAAAAUAUUUUUCUAGACCCGAAUUUUGUGCUGAAAAUGCUCGAAAAUCAAUAAUUCCAUCAUUUUCAGCACAAAAUUCUGAUCUAGAAAACAAAUUUUCCAUUUUUUUUGGCACAUUUUUCUACAGUAGCUUUUGAGGAGUUUCUAGACCCAAGUUUUGUGCUGAAAAUCGUGGAACUGCUGAAAAUAGCUGAAAAUCAAUAAUUCCAGCAUUUUCAGCACAACAUUCUGAUCUAGAAAACAAAUUUUCCAUUUUUUUGGCACAUUUUUCUACAGUAGCUUUUGAAGAGUUUCUAGGGUCAAAUUUUGUGCUGAAAAUGAUAGAACUGCUGAGAAUAGCUGAAAAUCAAUAAUUCCAGCAUUUUCAGCACAAAAUUUCGGUUUAAAAAAAUCGGCUAAAAAUCGGAGGUACUCUGAAAAUUCAGAUGCUCAUUUUCAGCCACAAAAAAUAUGUUCUGAACUUUGUACUAGAGUUUAGUUUAAAGGUGCUUACAGUACUACCAAUGAUUUUUGACUUACUGUAACUCAGAUCCUGAACCAUUUCAUUCCAGAACUCUGAAUACAGCGGUAUUGAUGCUGAUGGAAACAUCGUAAUCAGUGGAUCAAACAACACACAAGAUGGUCUGCUCAGUGAAGCAUCCGCCUCGAAUUCCCAAGAUGUUCUAAAUCAACAGGGCAACAAAUCCCUAGUCAUCAAAGUUCUAUCAAGUAGCAAUCGUCACGAUGAGAAUCUCAAUGAAACCGCCUCAAACUCCAAUGUUGUAAGCAAAUCAGACGGAACAAUUCUUGUCGCUUCACAUUUGACAAACAAGUCUGGAUCUUAUAAUGGAUAUCGGAAUGAAAAUUCAUCGAGAUUUGAAUUGAACAAAGAUGGAGAGAAUAGUAACUUGAAUGAGACAUCGCAUCAUUAUUCGGAUAAUAAAAAUGGGACGAGUUCUGAACUUCUACGAAGUGAUAUGGAUCUUCGAGAUGGGAGGAAUUAUAGUAGCAAUGAGAAUAUUAUUAGUGGCCGGAAUAAUUUCAAUAUUCACACGGAUGAUAACGCUAAACAUAUUGGAAAAUUGAAUGGGGAAUAUACAAAUUCAUCAAGCAAUAAUGCUACAAAUGGUGAGAGUUCGGAUAACUUUAAUUCUACAAUUCUUCAUGGCUACAAAAUCGAUAAUGGAACUCUUAAAGAGCAAGUUGAUGUUGAUAGAACAGCCAGGAAUAACUACACAAUUAAUAAUUCCACACAGAAUGCCGAAUCAUUUGCAAAAAAUACAAAUGGAAGUGUAGUGCAAAAUCAAUAUUCUGCGAAUCAACAUCAAGAUACAAGUUCUAACCAACUUAGGGAUAACACAACUUAUUAUUCAAAUCAAGAUGGUAAGAUUGUUAGAAGAUCGAAUGUGACGGAUAAAUUGGACGAGGAGAUUAAUAAAAAUAGCGGUGAGAAAAAUGUGAUGAAAUCGAGAAAUGGGAAUGUGACUAGUAGCAGAAUAAGUGGAAAUGAAUUGGUUGACAAUUCCAAAAAAUCGCACGAUGUUUCGAGUUACAAUAACUAUGUCGAUGAUAAUGGUAGAAGAGUUAACGAAAAUUAUGAUGUUCAUAAAAAUGCAUCGCAAAGAGAUCAAUAUAAUAAGAUUAUUGAUAAAGGAUUCUACGAAAAUGGCAAGGGAAAAGUUAUCACAAAUCAUGGAGCGGAGAUGAAUAAAUCAGCAGGCUUCUCUGAAACUGCUGAAAAUGGUAACUUCAAUAACGCUUCGAUGAAUCUGAAUUUCACCAAAAUCGACAAUCGAAACAAUAGUUUGGAUUCCGAGAGAAUUCGAGAUUUUUCUGAAGUUCAAAUCGGCAAAAAUAUGGUGAAAACCGGAAGUGAUGUUGUAAACUUCAAUAAUAAAUCGAAUGUGAAUUCAGUCGAUUUGCAAAAUGAGAAUAGUGCAGGUGUAUUUUCACAAAAGAACACCAAUCAUUCAUUGAAUCUGGAUCAGACGAUCUUGAAACGAUCGGAUGUUCUUCAACAAAACAUCGGUGGAAUUAAAUCGUCUAGAUUGAAUUCGACGGCUUCGGGGAGUUUAUUGGGAUCGAAUAUGACUUUGAGAGAGAAUUUGAGAGUUAAUGCGGAUGGAAGUAGAAAGUAUACGAGGGAUAAUCAGAAGGAGAAUUUGGAUAAGAAUGAGGAACGAGAAUUGCUUGUUGAAAAUUGA